AUGUCAUCUUGUGUUUUGAUUAUUACUCAGUCAAGUUCCUUACACGGAUUGGGUGAUGAUUCGGAAGUUGAAGAUCAUUUGGAAUUUCUAACAAGCCUUCUUAAAGGUAAAUUCUCUAACCAACAGAAAGGAAAGAAGAAAUGGUUGGAAAAUAGGCUUGAUCGGAUGAGUGGCAUGGUUUUUGAAGGUUUUAUUCCAAUCGAGUGGAUGAAAGAAACAGAUAUGAUUUUAAAUUUAAUUAAAAAUCAAAAGAUUACUCCUACAGUGGUGAUUCCCAGGUUUAUAAUGUAUAAUCGUCGAGUAGCACUUGAAUUGUUUAAAAAUCGUAUUUGUAUGGUUGACGAUAUUCCUGGGGAAUUACUUGAUGAUAGAGAGUUCUUGUUAGAUUGUAUCUCUUUAGAUCCUAAAAUAUUAUUGUUUUUUGAUUGUGAUGAGGAUUUUAAUGUGGAAAUAGUAUCGAGACAUAGGCGUGCAAUUUUAUUUGUAUCGAAGGAUUUGAUUCAUUCUCAAUCCUUUAUUGAAAAAGUGUCGAAGGUCGACAAAUAUUUGGGAAUGAAUCUUCCUGAUUGCAAUUUGAAUAGUGAAACUCCUUAUAGUUUGAGAAAUAAUAAGGAAUUUGUACUGGCUGCCUUGUUACUGAAUGGAAGGGCCUUGGAAUUUGUUUCAGACGAGUUGAAAAAUGAUUUUGAUGUGAUGGUCCAAGCUCUUGCUGAAAUAUAUGCUAUUAAGCAUAUUCCACAUUGUUUUCAAGACUUGGAAUUAAUGAAACAGUUAAUAAUGAAGAGAAACUCUGUUUUAGAACUUGCUCCUUUUACAUUGAUUGAUAACAAAGAGUUUAUUAUUGAAUUAAUGAGAAAAGAUGGAAUGCUCAUAUACUAUGCAUCACAUAGGCUAAGAAUGGAUAGAGAUGUUGUUUUAGCUGCUGUAUCUCAAAAUUCAGAGGCAUUAACAUAUGUACCAAAUGAAUUUGUUGUAGAUAAGGAGAUUCUUAUAGAAGCAGCAAAUCACAAACAGAAUCAGUCAUUUCUUUAUUUAGCUUCAGAUAAUUUAAAGAGUGAUAGAGAAUUUGUGUUAGAAAUUGUGAAAAAACAAGGAUUGGCUCUUCAGUAUGUUCAUCCCUCUCUACAGUCAGAUAAGGUGAUUGUUAAAGAAGCUUUGGCUUCUAUUGAGGAAUCAUUUAUGUACGCCUCGUCUGCGUUGAGAGAAGAUACUGGAUUCAUAGUGGAAUUAGUUAAAGAAGGUUAUCCUUCAGUUCUAGAAUAUGCAGCCAUAGAUGUUGACAGAGAUAUGGCAAUGAGUCUUAUCAAAAUUAAUGGCCAUUGCUUGAAAUAUCUGCAGCGAUUAUAUCCAGAUGAGGAGAUGGAGAAGGAAGCCGUAAAGCAAAACGGUUUUGCUUUCGAAUAUUCUGAUUUAUUGUUCGAGGAGAGAAUGAACCAUUUCUAUUAUGGAGCCAGAAUUUAA